UGCCGUUAACUGGCGAUUUACUCCAGAUACUCGGCUUCGGGGCUCAGUUUUGAAUACAAUUUGGGUCAGUUCGUAUCGGCGACCACUUUUUCUUAAUAUACCCAAAGAACGCCACUGGGUAAUAAAACUGAAAUUUAAAUUGAAGAUUUAACGAAGUAUCUUGUUUACGCAUCCAAUUGAGAAUCGAAAUUAAUACUUUCUUUCCCAGUUCCUUAAGUAUAUAUACACGUUCUUCUGGUAAAGACCAUCAAAAGGUUUAAAUUUGUAGUGAAAAAUAAUGGAUUUUUUGAAUCAUUUAGUUUGUGUAUUUUUUCUUCAAUGUUUAUUUUCUGUUACAAUAAAUGCCCAAGGGGGUAUCAUUCCACCACUUCGUCAAGAAAUUAAAGAUGAACUCUUUCUUCACAACCAAAGCAUCUCAAACAAAACCAUGAGAGAAUGCGUUUGGAGACCAGUAAAUGAAAGAACAAUCUGCCCUGAUCCAGAUUUGAAACAUAUUUUAUAUGCUGGCGGAAAGAAACAUGAGGUUGACUUAACAGUUUCAGAUUGGUUAAGACAAAGCGCAUGGGAUCCUGAAAAAGAGGAUGUUAUCAUCAUUCAUGGCUACGCUGGAGGAGAUGAUACACUUCCAAUAGCUGUUUUAAGAGAUGCAUACAUUAAUAAUGGGAGUUAUAAUGUUUGGAUGGUCGAUUGGGGCCCAAUGAGUCAACCACCAUGUUAUCCAGCAGCAGUUCAUAACAUCAAAGCAGUCGGGAAAUGUACAGCAGAUCUUUUCACUGAACUCAGAAAACAAGGAUUGCGGACCGAAAGAUUGAUGUGUAUUGGACAUUCUUUAGGUGCCCACACAUGUGGAUUGAUUGCGAAGUAUGUCUUAUUCCGUAUGCAUAGAAUAGUCGCUUUGGAUCCGGCGAGACCGUUAAUUCCUGCAAAUAGCAGGUUGAAUAGCGGAGACGCACACGCCGUACAUGUCAUUCAUACCAAUGCUGGCCAUUAUGGCGAAGCAGGAAGAUCAGGACAUGUCGAUUUCUGCGUUAACGGUGGAAAAAUUCAACCGUAUUGCGAAAAAGCUGGAUUUGAUGAACAACUAUGUAGCCAUGUGUGGGCAGUUUGUUACAUGGCAGAGAGUCUGCAUCCAAUUUUAGCACGUAGAGCAGAACCGUGUUCUAGAAGAUGUCCAACAGGUCCUCGUCCAGGAUUACGUAUAGGAGUUCCAGUAUACAUGGGACAAUACACACCUCUCACGACAACUGGAUCAUACUGCUUAUAUGGACAAGAUCCACCUUAUUGUCCAAAAGAACCAGGUGCUCCCGGAGAUAAACGAUGUUGCUUGUAUCCUAUUGUUUCCACAACAAAUAAACCUUGA